AUGGCCGAGAAGGAGACCCCAAACCCCAUGGAGGGGCUACCUGAACCCCCAGCUGUCUCCGUCAAGACCCUCGCCGUCACGGGCAUCAUGGUCGACGUCUACGGCCUCGACGAGCUGCCCCCGAACCUCACCCAUGUCUCGAUCCUCUGGUUGCACAACCCUCGUCUUGGCACCAAGGCAAGAAUGGCCCCCAUGGCCCAGCGUGCCGUGAGCGAGUACAACGCCACGAGGCAGGCUGCGAGCACUCGGGGCCUGAUAGCUGCUGCGUUCGACCAACGCAACCACGGCACCCGCGAGGUUUACCCCCUCUCCAACCAGUCCUGGAACAAGGGGAACCCAUUUCACGCCCAGGACAUGGUGGGCAUCAUCUCAGGCACCGUCGUCGACACCAGCCUCCUCAUCGACACCCUCCCCGGCUACCUCUUCCUCGAGUCGUGCCCGUCCCCUCCCGCCUUCGACCAGCACGUCUGCCUCGGCGUCUCGCUCGGCGGCCACUCGACGUGGCAGGCCCUCUUCGCCGAGCCCCGCAUCUCCGCCGGCGUCAGCAUCAUCGGCUGCCCGGACUUCCAGUUUCUGAUGAAGGACCGCGCCCGCCUCUCCAAGUUACCCACCUACGACAAGUCCACCGCCGGCGCGGGCUUCCUAGGCAGCCGCGACUUCCCCCCGGGCCUUGUCGCCCAGUGCGCCCGGUUCGACCCCAAGGGGAUCCUCUUCGGAGCUGAUGAGGUUGCCGAGACGCCGUCCGAGGCGCAGCAGGCCCGGCUCAGGCCCAUCCUUGAUGCUCACAUCCGGGGGAAGAAACUCCUCAUGUGCACCGGCGGAGCUGACAAGCUUGUCCCGUGGCGGUGCUCCGAGCCUUUUACCAAGUUCUUCACCGGCGCGGCCGAGGGCUGGUACAAGGACUCCGGCCUGGCUGCGGACAACAGGGUAUACCCAGGCAUCGGUCAUGAGUGCAGUCCUGAGAUGGUGGUCGACGCCGUUCGCUUUGUGUGUGAGGUGGUGCAGGGUGCAGGUACUGGGGGAGCUGCCGUGUCAAGAAUCUAA